AUGGAUUUACUAACCUGGCUGAGACAGGAAGCCCAGCUGAAGAAGAUGGUCCUGGUUAUUGUGUUUAUUGCCUUGUUUCUGGAUAAUAUGCUGAUGUCGAUGGUUGUGCCAAUCCUUCCAAGUUACCUGUCCAGCACUGACCAGUCUACCACAGCUACUUAUGGGAACAGCACUGACUUAAUAGUCAAUACUUCCGUCAUCCAGUCAUUCAGUGACAGACGAGUGAUUUUGGGGUCCACAAUUUCACCUCCACACCAGAACCCAGCUCUGUCCAGUGAUCCCACCGUGGCCCAGAAAUUCCCUGAGUCAAACUGCUCUUAUUCAGAAGCUCAGCUGGACGGAUUAAACAUCAAAGUAGGACUGCUGUUGGCCUCCAAGUCCAUCGUACAGCUUAUCAUUAACCCCUUCAUUGGGCAACUUACUAACAGGAUUGGAUACCACAUCCCAAUGUGUGCCGGUUUCUGCAUAAUCAUCUUUGCAAGCACCUUGUUUGCCUUUUCAUCUAGCUACUUCUUACUGCUGCUGGCCAGAUCGGUGCAAGGUGUGGGUGGGUCCUGCUUGUCUGUGACAGGAAUGACUGUGCUGGCUGAUGUGUAUAAAGAUGACGAAGAGAGAGGGCGUGCAAUAGGUAUAUCGUUCAGUGGUCUGGCCUUAGGAUUGAUAGCUGGUGCUCCAUUUGGCAGUUUGAUGUAUCAGUUUGUGGGGAAGAUGGCUCCAUUCCUGGUCCUGGCUGUCAUCGCUGUGUUGGGUGGAGGUUUACAUGCCCUCAUCUUUAAACCAUGGCUGAUGCGAACAGAGAUGGAAAAAGGGACUUCACUGCUGACUCUCUUGAAGGAUCCAUAUAUUCUCAUUGCCGCUGGAGCCAUAUGUUUCACGACUCUGGUUAUUGCCACAGUAGAGACAGCCCUUCCUAUCUGGAUGAUGAAGACAAUGUGUGCUAGCAAAUGGCAGCUAGGCACAGUCUUCUUGCCAGACAGCAUAUCCUACCUCAUUGCAUCCCACAUCUUUGGUCGCCUGUCACAAAAACACAGUGCAAGUUGGCUAUGUGCUUGUAUCGGAAUGAUCCUGACGGGAGUCACCACCAUUUGUUUUGGAUUUUCCAAGAACAUCUAUCAUGUGCUUGUUCUGAAUGCAUUUCUUGGCUUUUCAGUUGGCACAGUGGACUCCUCAAUAAUGCCUCUCAUGGGUUACUUGGUAGAUCUGAGAUAUGUGCCAGUAUAUGGUACAGUUUAUGCUAUUGCUGAUGUCGCAGUCUGCAUUGGAUUCUCUUUAGGUCCAGCUAUUGCAGGUCCUAUAGUGGCAUCGAUUGGCUUCCCCUGGCUCAUGGCCAUACAUGGAACAGUAAACAUAAUCUUCGCUCCACUCUGUAUCUUCCUUUUCAGUCCACCUCGGCGGGAGGAAAAUUUGGAACUGGGUUCUGUCGAGGCCCGGCAACAGGAACUGGGUUCUGAGAACAGACAUUAUGGCGGUCUGAACGGCCAGAUCUCCUCCUCAGAAGCCUGGAAGCCCUCUGGACAGAGGCCCCCCGAAGGCCAGGCGAGUACCCAGAAAUGGGUCAGGGGCUGGAGCAGGAGGAUCGGCAGCAGAAACGGGGGGCUGUUGUGGCCCGGCAGCAGGAACGGGAGGGUGUCGCGGCCCAACAGCGGAAACCGGAGGCUGUUGCGGCCCGGCAACAGUAACUGGGUUCUGUCGAGGCCCGGCAGCAGGAACUGA